AUGACUAAAGACUACGCCAAAGCAAGUUUGAACUAUGGCCAGUUUCUCUACAAGACCUCUAUCGCGUUCACUAGCGACACCACCGGCAAGGAAACGAACGUCUUGGCAAACGCUGCGGGAUACGGAGCUGGAACUGCCAAGCCGCAGGACAACUUCGUGUAUAUGCUCUCCGGGCGCUUCAUCUUGCGCAAGGAGGAGCCUAACCCCACUGUCCACUUUGAACAGGGCAUUCACCUCAAUAUUGGCCCUUAA